AUUGACCAAAAGUACACAAUGUACUUUUAUAGAAGAUGUAAAUAAACACAACAGCAACGAUGACCUGCUCACAUAUCUAUAUUUUAUGACUAAAAAUGCAUUUGAAAAACUAAAAUUAAAUGUUUUGUAAAAGUCCAGUCAGUCUUUAUUUUAUUUACAUAACUAAUUGUUUCUAGCAAAUUGUGCAAAUGUGUAAGACUAAAUAUGUUUAAUGUUCAACAGAAACCAAUUAAAUAAUGGUUAGUUGAACAGCAUCAACUGUGGUACACGUUUUGGGAAGUUUCGACCCCCUCGGCGUACUUGUUCUUAGUUGUCCACGUAAAUAUUCUGUAUAUAUCCUGGUAAACGGCGCCACCCCAUGGCGGCGGUCUUCUAACUCAGAAUUGAUGCGCGUGAACUGAGCGUCGCCUCGUGAACGCGGAAGAGCAGCAAUGGCCGCUUUGAAUCGGCGAAUUCCCAAUCUGGACGAUUUUGUCGGAUUAAACUGGAGUUGUUGGGUUGACAGGGUGAAUAUUUUACCAUCUGACGCUGGGUCUGAUACUGAAGAUGGAAGCAAAUAUGGGAAGAAAAGAACUGAGACCAUGACCCUCAGGAAAGAAGAUAUGCAUAUAUUCGGUCACUGCCCUGCACAGGAUGAUUUUUACCUGGUGGUGUGCAGUCACUGUGGUCAGGUGGUGAAGCCGGAAGCCUUUGAGAAACACUGCGAGAGGCGUCACGGUCAGCUCACGAAGAUGUGUGGUCAGUCAUCAACCUUGGCUCCGCAGCAGCGGCCUCGCCCUGGCCAGUCUCCUGUCAAGUUUCCCUUCUCUAGGGAAAGGCAGAGGGACGGUGCACAUGGUGAAGAUCGAGCUGCAUCUGCUGCAUCGUUACCUGUCCACCAGCACAGGCCCACUAAGGCCCAGAGGGAGGCUGUGAGUUUGCCUUCAGUGGAGAAGUUCCCUCAGGAGAAGCCCUCACUCCUACAUCACUCCACAUCCAUAACUCGACCCCGGGCCCCUCCAUGGCACUCUGGACCCCUGCCUCCGGGCUCUUCAUCCAAUCCUACACCAGAAAGACCACCUGUCCAGAAGGCCACUGUUGGACAGACCAGUGAGUCUCAUAGUCCUCUUCGGGGAACGAAGACCUACAGCCGCACUAAUAAAAACAAAGACAAGAAAGAAUGUGACCUGAAUAAACACAACAGAGUUCUGGAUCCAGAAAAGAAGAAGCCCAGCAGCCUGGAGCCUGUAUGCAAUACUGAUGCCCUCCACCAGCAGCAGAAAACACCAACGAAGGCUAAACCUUCUGAUCAUUUGGCAGCAGAACAGAGAAGAGUCUCCUCGGGGCAGCAGCCUCCUGUCAAAUCCAAAGAGAAGGAGCAACAUGUGGAAGUGUUUGAUGAGAAAGUUACUCAGGGCAGUAGACACAACUGCCACGUGCUAGGCAGGGCUAAUGAAUCAGCAGAAAACCUACCAGAAGAGAAGGUUGACAGCCCUGUGGCAGUGGAGGUGAAGCCUCCAUAUCCUUUUAAUCACAGCCUGCUGUCAAGUGAGGAAAGUGAUGCAGACGAGCAGGAGGAAAACACAGACCUGCCAGCUUCGACCUGGCAUCCAAAACCUCUUGGGCUAUGCACUUUUGGAUGUCGUACACUGGGCUGCAGCAUCUUUACCUUUGACCGCCGUUUACAUCACCUGCGGAUUGCCCUCAGUGCCAUGUUGGAGCAGCACAUCAACUCACACUUGUGGAAGAAAAUGCCUCCAGCAGCUUCAGGUCUCAGGUCUUCUCAUGUCACAUCACCACCUGUCAGAAAUGCAUCAAAACCCUUGAAAUCUGCCGGCUCCCUUAAGCGUGACUGUACCUCACAGGGACAACUGGAAACCAAAAGCAGUCAUCACAACUCUCAAAGUACCAAACCACCUACGUCCACCUCCGCCGCAAGUCUGGAGUCUGCCCAGUGGUGCAGCACCAUGAGACGGCCCAGCAAAGCUCAGCUGAAGGAGGUGGUUCUUGUGCAGGAUGGAAGUUCAGCAGUUCAGAAAGCUAGCAGGCUGCCACACAGCAGUGAGGACAAAUCCUCCAGAUACUUCAGGGAUUCUCCUCUGACUGAGAAGGGACAGCAGAAAAGCCCUUCCUGUUCAGGAUCGGCCGGAAAAAAGCAGCAGCGUCAUUCGCUGCCACUACAGCCGACAAAGAGACACUUGCCGGGUUUGGAGAAGCAACCUCCUCUGUCUGCAAAAACUGAGCAUAAAGUGGUGAGUAAUGAUCACCAAAGUCCUGGACAGAAGCGUAAAUGGAACAACGAGUCCUCACCCGUGAGCUCCUCCCUACCCAGAACUUCCAAAUGCAAGCGCCUGUCCACCUCGUCCACUUCUAGCCUUCUUACCUGGAAGGGAGAGAAUAUUGAGGACGUGCUAUCAUGGGACCAGGACAAAAGGUCCAAUUCCUAAAGACGGAGUCAACUUUACUGGCUUACAGUAUUCAUGCCAUAGUCUUUGUACCAGUUUAGUAGUUUUUUUUUUAAAACAAACAUUUUUUUUGUAAAUGUGAGUCAGUCUGUCCACAUUUAUUUAUGUUUUCACAUUUAUAUGCACAGGUAUCAGGAAGUGUAUUAUUAUUUGUGUUUUUUUUCUGAAUAUUUUUCUAUAAGACUAUGUCUCAAUUAAUUACCUGUGUAAGAGCAUAAAAUACCUCAAAAUACUGUAUGCUGCUAAAAAAAAAUCUUGAAU